AUUGUUACCAAGUUUAUCCAUGAUAUCAGCAACUGUGAUAACGACAAAUGCUGGUUAAAAGCUUUACGAGUGCUUCGAAAUCUUCCCAUAAACGCAUCCUAUGAUUUGGCACAAGGAUUACUGUGCACUAAUAAGCAUAGCCGAGAAGUACAGAUGGCAGCCCUUCAUGUGAUCAAAGCAGCAGAUCCAUCCCUAUACGACAUGAAGCUUAUAAAUACACUAAUAAAGCUCUUUCGAAACACUUGCCCUCAGCCAACGAGCACUGGUGAAUCACAAUUGGCUGUGGAUAUCUUACUGAAGUGA